AGUGUGCCUGCGGGCCGUGCUGGCGGACUCGCGGUUCUUCUUGGUGUGCAUGUGCUUCCUGACCUUCAUCCAGUCGCUCAUGGUCUCCGGCUACCUGAGCAGCGUCAUCACCACCAUCGAGCGGAGAUACAGCCUCAAGAGCUCGGAGUCGGGGCUGCUGGUCAGCUGCUUCGACAUUGGGAGCCUGGUGGUGGUGGUCUUCAUCAGCUACUUCGGGGGGCGCGGACGGAGGCCGCUCUGGCUGGCUGUAGGGGGGUUUUUCAUCGCCCUGGGGGCUGCGCUCUUCUCCUUACCUCAUUUCAUCUCUCCGCCGUACCAGAUCCAGGAAUUGAACUCCUCCGUCAGUAACGAGGGCUUGUGCGUGACUGGCAAUGGCACCGCCAAAGAGCAGUGGGACUCGCCGGCCUGUGUCAAGGACUCCGGUGGAAACGACCACUCUCUCUAUGUAGCUUUAUUCAUUUGUGCCCAAAUCCUCAUUGGCAUGGGCUCGACACCCAUCUAUACCUUGGGACCAACCUACCUAGAUGACAAUGUCAAGAAAGAAAACGCCUCGCUUUACCUAGCCAUCAUGUAUGUAAUGGGAGCACUCGGUCCUGCAGCUGGGUACUUGCUAGGAGGACUUCUUAUUGGUUUCUAUGUUGAUCCUAGGACAACCGUUUAUAUUGACCAGAGUGAUCCCCGAUUCAUUGGAAACUGGUGGAGUGGAUUUCUCCUUUGUGCCAUUGCAAUGCUCCUUGUGAUAUUUCCCAUGUUUACCUUUCCGAAAAAGCUCCCUCCUCGACAUAAAAAAAAGAAAAAGAAAAAGAAGAUGAACUCUGAUGAUGUUUCAAGUGAUGAUGAAGUCAUGAAAGAGAAAACAAAUAGCAAAAUACAAGCAGAGAGUGCAGUUCCUGCCUCUAUGGGAUUUGGAAAGAAUGUUAAAGAGCUUCCAAGAGCAGCUGUCAGGAUCUUAAGCAACAUGACAUUCCUUUUUGUGAGUUUGUCAUACACAGCUGAGAGUGCCAUUGUCACAGCUUUUAUUACCUUCAUUCCCAAGUUCAUCGAGUCACAGUUUGGCAUCCCAGCUUCCAAUGCCAGCAUCUACACUGGUGUGAUUAUUGUCCCAAGUGCUGGUGUUGGUAUUGUCCUAGGCGGCUACAUUAUAAAAAAACUGAAACUCGGUGCGAGAGAGUCUGCAAAGUUGGCUAUGAUCUGCAGUGGUGUGUCUCUGCUCUGCUUUUCAACUCUCUUCAUUGUUGGAUGUGAAAGCAUUAAUCUAGGGGGAAUAAAUAUACCUUACACGACUGGUCCCACUCUUGCCAUGGCCCACAGGAAUCUGACUGGGAGCUGUAAUGUUAACUGUGGAUGUAAGAUUCAUGAGUACGAGCCUGUCUGUGGAUCAGAUGGAAUAACGUAUUUUAAUCCUUGCCUAGCUGGCUGCAUCAAUGGUGGAAACCAUAGCACAGGGGUAAGAAAUUACACAGAAUGUGCUUGUGUCCAGAGUCGCCAGGUGAUCACUCCGCCGACGGUGGGCCAGCGCAGUCAGCUCCGGCUGGUUAUUGUCAAAACCUACCUGAAUGAGAACGGCUAUGCUGUGUCUGGGAAGUGUGAUCGAACCUGCAACACGCUUAUCCCGUUCCUGAUAUUUCUCUUCAUUGUUACCCUUAUAACAGCGUGCGCCCAGCCAUCAGCAAUCAUAGUGACGCUCAGGUCUGUGGAAGAUGGGGAGCGGCCCUUUGCACUAGGAAUGCAGUUUGUUUUAUUACGAACUCUUGCUUACAUUCCCACUCCAAUUUAUUUUGGGGCUGUUAUUGACACCACGUGCAUGCUUUGGCAACAGGAUUGCGGCGUACAAGGAUCUUGUUGGGAAUAUGACGUCACCUCGUUUCGUUUUGUCUACUUUGGGUUGGCAGCUGCUCUCAAGUUUGUGGGAUUCUUUUUUAUUUUCCUGGCCUGGUACUCCAUUAAGUGUAAAGAAGAGCAACUGCAGAGACGGAGAUGGAGGGCUUCGCCGGUGAACACUGUGAGUGAGAUGGUUGGCCAAGCUGGACCCCAACAAAACUAUGCACGGACUAGAUCCUGCCCUACCUUCAGUUCCCGAGGAGACAUCAGCGUGGCACAAGGAAUGAACUGCGUAGCACAGACAUACUCCGGCCCUUUUUCAGAAGCAAUAAAUUCCUCAAAUGAAAAUGCGUUGGAGGAAGUCACUGCUGAGAUAUAGACCCCUGGCUUGGUAAUGUAAUAUUUAGUUUUGUUGGUUGACUUAAUUACGGCGCCUUGUAAAACACCUGUGCCUUCUAUUUUUAAUCUAAAUGUAACAUGUGGUAAAACCAACAAAGCUUAAUGCAAACAACCAUAGUAUGUUCCUGAGGGCUGGAUACCUCAAACCAACCCAAGUUCUUAUU